UACCUGGACAUUAUUUCGUUCUCUCUAAUCAACACACAGCAGUGCAUCUGCUCUCUCAUCACAGUCGUCCCCUCCUCGUUAUCGUCAGCCAAUCUCUCCACAUCCGCGCGCCCCGACGCCCGACUGUCGUUGUCAUCAAGUUGAAAUUAUGGCAUCCAGCCCUGAUCCAGCCACUACGAGUAUUUCCCCUCAUCUCGCCCACACAGGUCAGCAGCUGCCCACACCGCCUUCCUCAGUGCCUCCACACCAUAUGCAUCGCACUGGAGACAGAGGUUGCAAUGCAUAUCAUGGCGGCCCGUGGCUGAGGUCGGGGUCAUCUGCUUCGGUUGACUGAUGCGUUGGCAGACAUCCCUCCUACACUCAACCAUGAUUCCGCCUUGCACGAUGGAGCAGCAUCAGCGCUGAAAACAAGGGUUUGCCGAUACUUCGGCAGAGCAGGUUAUUGUCGGGCGGGCAACGAGUGUCAAUUCUUGCAUGAUGAGACACGACUUCCCGGAGCACCCAAUGCAAAGCCAACUCAUGAGAUGCCCGAAUCAUCUGUCGAAGGAGCUGCUGGCCAACUCGUGACAGAGGAUGGAUUGAUACAGGAUCGUCGUCAAGCGGUUACAAAACCCGUACCCAGCUCCCGUGUGGUAGCAAAACCAGUCCCACAAAUCCAAACUCAAGAUCCGAGAGAGUUUCAACUAGGCCAGAUUCGAAGACGCUUCUCUCCAAAGGAGACCAAGCAACCAGGUGGGGGAGCCACACUCCUGAAGUUCAGCCUUGCACCGUCAGACCCGGACUUCCCGUUUGAGAUGACAUCCUUGGAAUGUUUACUUUCAGUACCAGUCGCAUAUCCGAAGGAGGGACCCUCUUUGAAGGUUGAGAACAAAGACAUCCCCCGAGGCUUUUCUCUCAAUGUCGAAUAUGGUUUCGAUAAUAUGGUCAAGGAGAAGCCAGAGUCUACCCUAUUGGAGCUCAUGAAGUGUCUUGACAAGAACCUUGAAGCUUUCCUAUCUGCGCCGAAGGCGGAGACAAUAAAGCUGUUGCCGAACAAGGAUACCCGACAUCUUUCAGCGACUCCUUCAAGGUCAGUUGAGCCCGCUUUCAGGCCUGCAAGUUCAUUGAUAGAAGCGGCUGCAAGUAUACAAGUUGGGAAAGAAACUCUCAGAAAUGUCGAACCACUUAUCACAUACACGGCUCAAGAGAAAGCUGAAGCUCUGAAGAGAAGAGAAGUUGAGACUAGACAACUGGAAGCUCGGAUGAAAAGAUUACCUCUUUACAAGAUGUCUCCUGAUGGAAUCGCUUACACCCUUCCUCUUGAGCCCAAGCGAAGAACCGAUUUACCUCUUUCCUUACAGGCUGUCAAAGCCGUUGUUUUGUUUGUUCCUCUCUUAUAUCCCCUACAGCCUUGUCGGAUUAAGCUGGACAAAUUAGAUAUUCCCGAGGCUAAGCCACUCGAAGUUGGGUUUCUUCAACGGUCGACGGAGCAGAAAGCCACUACAUUGACUGGUCAUGUCAACUAUCUUGCACAAAAUAUGCAUCUUUUGGCAAAGACGAAGUUAGAAGCCAAUCCUGUACCAGCUCCAAUAAUCCAGUUACCUGUGAGAGAGGAAACAGAGGUCACAAAGUCUGCUAUUGAAGGUCAUCAAGAUCCGGAACGCAGCCACAUUCAAUACAUUACUCGACCUCCAGAGUGGACAUUCAUUGAACGAGGCGAAGCUUCUGACUCGGACGACCUCGACUUUGACUCUUAUGAUACAGGAGAUGAGACUACUGAUGAAGAAGGCGGAGUCGAAGUUCCAGAGGGGAAUGGAGAAACGUCAAAGCAGCCAGCUCAGAAUCCUGAACGCGGUACGGCGAUCUCUUUCCCAUUUUUGGACUUGUUUGGUAUCGAAUUACUUGAGGUUGUGGCUUUGAAUAUCUCCGUAAAAUGCGAGAGAUGCAAGGACACCACUGAGGUCAAGGGACUGAAGGAUGGCGUGACCAAAACUCCAAGCUGUCGCAAAUGCACGACUACUUUCAGCGUCACUUUCCGUCGAGAUCUCCUUCACGCCCACGCAGUCAGGGCAGGUUUCCUCGACCUAGAAGGCUGCAUCAUUGGCGACAUGCUACCCAGCACAUUCAUUCCAACUUGCUCACAAUGCUCCACUGUCUAUCCUCUUCCUGGAAUUAUAUCUGUUCAAGGCGAAUCAACCAGUAAUAUCUGCCGAGAAUGCCACCAAAAAUUCACCUUCAAGAUCCCUUCCGUGAAGUUCCUCCGCAUCUCUUCCACAAACCGCCUCCCACCAUCCUCUGGACCCCGCCGCAAACGCGAAACACUCGGUUUAGUACCAGGUACUGAAUUGCCAAAGCGAGGCCGAUGCAGACAUUACACAAAGAGCUACCGCUGGUUUCGCUUCAGCUGCUGCUCAAAAGUGUAUACGUGUGACAAGUGCCACGAUGAAGCAGAGGACCAUCCGAACGAAUGGGCGAAUCGCAUGAUCUGUGGAUGGUGCUCGAGAGAGCAGAACUACAAACCGGAGGACUGCGGAGUCUGUCAUGGGAGUUUGGUGGGGAAGAAGAGCGUUGGUGGAUUUUGGGAGGGAGGAAAGGGGACGAGGGAUAAGGUAAAGAUGAGUAGGAAGGACAAGAGGAAGUUUAGGCGCAUUGGGGGAGACGCGAAGCCGAAGAAUUACUUGCAUCAGGCAUAGAUUCUGUGUAGUGGGUCGUCAAUUGUGUACUGUAUUACUUUGAGAGUGGACGGCUGUUGUUCCUCAACGAGCUGAAUGUUGUGGGUGGCUUAGGACACGAGUGUUUACUUGCUCCAGGCUUCCCGUCAGCUACUGCUCGCUAAAACACAAUCACAUGGCUUACCUCGCUGCCCAAAGAAUAUAAAGGAUCAGCAACUGCAUUUCAAUAUGUAACCAAGGAAACUCCUCUCGUUCUUACUCAUCUCCUCCCCCUUUUUCUAAUAUCGACCCUCGUACAACCCCCACACUGGACGUCCAAUGACAAACCCGUACAACCCACUGCUCUAUCACGACCCAGCAAGAUCCAACCCGUCCGAGUUAUACCAACGCCCUACCCAAUACACUCAUCCAUUUCUGCAGUUCAGCCACAGCCAAUAACCAACAUCGGCACCAAGAUCUAGACCUCUCCACACUCGGAGAUCUGUCCGUACGCCAUCCUGCCCUACAUGCAUAUAUAUACAAGAACAUAUGUAUAUCUUUACCCCGGGUAGGACUGCACCAAGCUGUGCCACUUCCAUUUUCUCAGUGACACUGCUUCUGUUUAACGCGGGUCUGUCACCACCCUUCCUACCGUCCCGGGUUCUCGUCACCUGCGCAGUGCGGGCAGUAGUACAUGCAGCGUGGGGGAGAGGAGUUGGGAUGGGCAGGUAAGGGGGACGCUGAGAUAUUGAUCGACGGGCACGUGUGUUAUGGAUAUUGUGGGUAAUGGCAAGGGAAAGUAUAUUGGUAUACGUAUGGAGUUGGUGAUGUGAUGGGAAUCUGGGCCGGAGGUAUGUCCGCAAAAAAUAAAAAUCCAAUACAACAUGCCUGGCAUGCAGGUAGGUAAGUAGGCAGACUGAGAGAGUGGGAGAAGAAGCAAAUGCACGCGCAAUACCUCAUUGGCAUUUCGACGGAUGCGGUGUGCAGAAGGCAAGGUUCUGAUGUUGAAAAUGCAAAGAAACUGUACACAUAUCUUGAUCAGUGUAAGACAGGUACAUCAUGAAUUUCUUGGAAUAAUGCAAUCUUCAACGGAGGACAGAGUUGCAUAGCCGUUCCCGCAGCGCAUGCUUCUAUCUACCCAAGAAUGUGCAAGCAUCCCACCAAUGCUUCUACACAUUUGACAGAGAAGCAGAACCAGUACAUAGGUACCACAGCUCUCCUGUCUCUUUUGUACCUGGUGUCGUGUACAGUACUACUUCACAUCAUCGGCUCCUUCACCCUCACCAUGCACCCCGCCAAAAAGGGAAAUCGGCACAGCGUAUAGACGCACAAUUCACGGAGUAAAGUAUCAAGAUCGAAAGCAGGCGGUUACUUACUUCUUCAUUCCCACUCUCUGCACAAUACACCGCAUCGCAUCGCACCGUACCGCACAUGUGUGUACUGCAGGGUCUUGCAAGCAGGAGAAGAAGAAAAUAUGUGAGAGAGGCGGAGGGGCAUCCGGGCAGGUCGUUACACAGCACACAGCGUGACGGCGGGCGACAUGCCGUUACAGUAUUCUCUCCCGCAGUACCUCUGCAAUUCAACGAUCCCAACUCCCUGGUUUUCGUCUUAGGGCGACAUUAUGGCUAUUGAAUCGGAUCGGAUCUAGAUUGGAAUCGAGAUUAUGCUGAGCUCAUCAGGUUGGGUUGGAGAGUUGGAUAGUGGCUGUUGGCAUCUGAAUAUGGCAUUUGAGGCUUGAGCUUGGCGAUAUGCUUUUGUUGGUGGAGGUUGGUUUUGGGGGAAAACGAUGACUUGAUCACUUGAAAGGCGGGGAAAUGGAGCUGCAUUGCCGCUGCGCUGAGGAGAAAUGCUCCGAGCGGUGGGUUUUGCGAUAAAUGAUAGAUUGGAUAUGAGAAACAAGAGUGAUAUAAACAACAUGACUGAUCCUGUUAGAAGUAAGUAAUAUUGAAGAAUAUUUUGACAAAACUUACUAGUUAUAUCAAAAAUGAAAGAAUCACACAAACCUAACAAACAAGAAGUAACAAAACAAGCACAAACAUAAAUUGAAAGAGGUUGGAUACUCAGUAUGUCCUCUUGCAAGAUGUGAGCUAUCACAUCCGACCGAGAUGCUGCUUCCUCACCCGCAUUCUCACCCGCAUCGGCAGCUAUCUGGUAACCGUACAGUAGCAGCGAUCUCAUAUCUCGGGUAGAGAUCUUGCUGGGCACCUGGUGAGGAACGCAUCAGGAUCACCACCGGGUAUCGAUCCGAUUCAUUCUCCAAGAUUGAAAUCCAACACCAACAACCUGAUACCACGAAGUGGCCUGACAAAAAUCAAAAAGGGAGCUUGUUUGAAGCAUUGGUUGGCAA